GUGGCGUCAGUUUUCCCGCGGUUCUGAGUGUGUGAGGAGGUGUGGGUGAGACUUGACUGUUCGAGACUCGUGCUGUCUGUUUAACCAUAAACUUCCACAAUGACAGGCGUUUACGAGUCUCCAAAACACAGAAUCAAUGCAUCGAUGUUGUCGCAGUACAUUAGUCGAGCAGUUUGCUUCGUUGGACGCUUGGAAAAGGUCCAUCCAUCAGGAAAGGCUCUUACCCUGUCAGAUGGAGAAGGGAAGAUGGCAUCAGUGGAGCUCAAUGAACCUUUGGAUGAAGAGCUGAGUGGGAUUGUGGAGGUUAUUGGCAUGGUGUCCAGCAAAGGAACAAUCAUGGCUGUUUCAUAUAAUCAGUAUCGAGAAGACAAAAUCCCUUUCGAUUUGGAGCUGUACAAUGAAGCGGUUAAAGUCCUACAUGAUUAUCCACAGCAUUACCCGUUCGAGGUUCCUGUAAGCGGUUAAAACUGUCCAUGCAGCAUUUUUAUAUUUGCCUUUUUUCAGCAGUUCUUGUAUAAUUAGAUAUUUACUGUAAAAUAUGUAAAUGUUUUUGUUACUUGAAAUAAAACUUGUUAAAUCUCUCAAACAAAAUUCUUACUCCCCCCGCCCAUUUCUGAUUUUCUUUAGUUAUGUUCUUUAGAAUAACUAAAGAAAAUAGUGGAAGACAGUUUGCGUCAUUAACAGCAUCUAGGUUAUCUUGUCUGCUACAAUGUUGCUAUAAACAGAUUAAAAAAUAAAAAAACUUAAAGGAACUCUUGAUGGUUUCCUGAGAUUUAAAAAAAAACAAAACAUUUAUUACAAGAAAUAAUUUGCAUUGAAACAACUGUGAAACACAUGAAAUGUAGUCCGGUCACAAAAAAAAAAAAAAAAAAAAAAAAUGACUGUUUUACUAUACAUUGGACAUCCACACAUUAGUAAAUGUCUGGCAAACUGAGAACCAUUUAUUAUCAGUUGUCUCUAAUAUGUCUUAACAUUGCAGCAUUUUUACAUUACAAUGAACCUUAGACUAAUAGUAUGUUUUGGCAGUGAUUGUUGGUUUAUUUAUUUUUUCAUUUUAAUAUGUUACAAAAAGGAACAACACCAAAUGUCAAACAUAAAGCUCAACAUUUAAACAGAAAUUUAGAGAUCUAGGGCUCUUAUUUUCCUGAGUGCACAAAGCACUAUGCGCUACGUCUUAUCUGUAGGUGGGAGUGUUUGCGCUAUUGUGGGUGUAUGUGCACAAACUGUGGGUGUGUUGUAUGUUAAUGAAGUGGCGCAAAGCACAAUUUGCUAUUUUCCUGAGAAAUGGUGUAUGCUAAGACUUGUAUUAAAACCACUUAUCUCAGCGCAAAGUCUAAACUCAGUUCCUGUAUUUGCAGUUUGGAUAUUCGAACAGCAGGUGGUUAUAAAGUGCAUGUCCAAACUCUGAAAAUCUAGUGGAACAUCAAAUUAUAUCAAUGACAGUCACCGUUACUGUUUUAUGAAACACUUAGAGAUAUAUGUUAAACUAUCUGUAGUUCAUGGUUUAUUUUUCCAAUUAUAAUUGUUAUGUUUAUGUUUACAAUUGUAUUUAAGAUCUAAUUUUGUAUUGGUAUUUUUCCACCUGUUGUCAUAGAGUGAUUUUGAAGUCACUGCAAAAGGGGCCGAUAGAAGUGGACGAUGGGUAAAAUAUUUGGAUUUGGUAUGAUUUUUUUGACCACUUUGUGUUAUAU